AUGACGGCAGCACAAUACGGCCGCAUUUCCCCGCCGCCACUCAAGCGCAGAAAGCGAGAGUCACCAAAUAGAACAACACCCAGUGAUUCCACGAACCCGUCCUCUACAAGCAUUCUUCAAAAGCCCAAUCGAGGGACCGGGAUUCGCAUCGUGGCAUGGAACAUCAAUGGCAUCCAGCCUUUCGUGCAAGGUUACUUGCAAAAGACAUUACACUCAUUCUUCCAGUCAUCAAUCACCGCGAGAUCCAGGAAGAGACAACACAGCCCCGGUGACAGCCAAAUUGAUGGCAAGUUUCCUGGUGACCCUUCCAAGGAAAGCAGGCCGUCCUUACGAGAUGCUCUGAGACGACAGCACUGGCCGGAGGUCCUCUUAUUGCAGGAGAUCAAGAUCAAGCCGGGGGAUGAGAAGACGAUGAGCGCCGUCCGAGUGGCGGCCAACGAUGGGUCUUCCCUUGAAGGAGGCCCGGCCUCGAUGCAAAAAUUGCCGAACCACGUCAGCUCCGGGCGGCCUCCACUGGGCACACUCCUGGCUGACGGUGGUCCACGAUAUGAGGUACACUUUGUGCUGCCUUCUGACCCGCAUAACGCCAGAGGUUUUGGCGGGAAGGUGUAUGGUGUGUGUGCAAUCCUGCGGCAGGACUUUAUGCAGGAUGUGGUUAGUUGCAUUCGUGAGCCGCCGUUGGACAGAGAAGGACGGGUGCAGAUUAUCGAGACGCACGCGUUGGACGUCUCUGUGCCCACUAACAUUGGUUCUUCCUCUUCUUCUUCGGAGCAUAAGCCGUCCACCGUCGGCAAAGAUGAUAGCCGAGGCCCGCUCAAGCUUGCCAUCAUCAACAUCUACGCGGUCAACGGCACAUUCAAUCCAUACCACUCGACUCACACCGGUGCGGUGAUCGGUACCCGUCACGACCGUAAACUGGCCAUGCACACUGAACUUCUGCAAGAGGCUCAUCGCCUCGAAUCAAGGGGCUUUUCUGUCGUGAUUGCCGGCGAUCUCAACAUCGCACGGGAGCGCAUCGACGGCUACCCGAAUCUGCGCACGUCGCCUCAUCAGCACGUCUUGAACAGGGCUGACUUUAACCAAAAGUUCUUCGCCAGCAAAGUCCUGCCGCCAGAUUCGUCGAGCGUAGUAGCAGCUCGAUAUCGUAUGAAUGAGCUGCCGGGCAAGAAAGAUGGCAAUCUCGCGGAGGCCCAAGGAUUCACGGCCGAUGUCAAGGGACUGAAAGCUAUUGAUACAUUUCGAUACAUCCACGGCAACUUGAGAAAGUACAGUUGGCACUCCAGGACGAAAGAAUGGGGAACCUGCUGUGACAGGGUCGACUUGAUCGUCGCCUCAAGAUCGCUUGGACACAGCAUCAUUGGUGCUGAUAUCUGCGACCACCCUAGAGACAGGGGACCGAGUGACCACUGUCCUAUCUGGGUAGACAUUGGUCGUGGUGCCGUCGUCGGCGACACACAAAGACCCAGUGACCAUCCAUGA